AAAAGGGAAAUAAAAAAUGAAAGUCUACGACGUUGUUUGUUCCCUUGCGGUCUGUAACUCUUUGACAAUAUGGAUGCAGAGAAGACGCAGUUUAUUAGAACUCAUUCUCUCUCUCUCUCUCUCUCUCUCUCUCAGUUUCAAUUUUCAACACCAUCCCAAAAUUCCACUGCACCUGUUCCCACCUGCACCAUUUCUAACCCUCCCUCAUUUCUGCACACAAUCCGCUACUUUUUCUUCCAUUUCCAGAUUUCCUACAUUUCUUAUUCUCGACAAACACUCAUAUUUACACUCUUUUUCACCUUUUAAGCUCCUCUGCUCUUCUGGGCACCGCUUAAGGACAAGAAGUCAGCCGAGGUCUACCAGAUCUCUGUCUUUGGGAGGCAUGGAUUAUGUGGACCCAAAAAGGAAGAGCAAUUUUGUUGGAAAAGUUCUUCUUGCUGCAGCAUUAACAGCACUAUGCAUUAUCGUGAUCACGAGAUCUCCAUCUUUGAAUUCCCCUAGUCCGUUUUCCAUCCAUGAACCAGGUGUCACCCAUGUUUUAGUGACAGGAGGUGCUGGCUAUAUCGGCUCGCAUGCUACCCUACGACUUCUGAAGGAAUCUUAUCGGGUCACCAUAGUGGAUAAUCUGUCACGAGGAAAUUUGGGUGCUGUCAGGGUUCUUCAAGACUUAUUUCCAGAACCUGGAAGGCUUCAAUUUAUAUAUGCUGACUUGGGAGAUAGAGAAUCUGUUAAUAAAAUAUUUUCCGAGAAUAAGUUUGAUGCUGUUAUGCACUUUGCUGCUGUCGCAUAUGUGGGAGAAAGCACACUUGACCCUCUCAAGUAUUAUCACAAUAUUACGUCAAAUACCUUGUUGGUAUUGGAGUCUAUGGCUAAAUAUGGUGUAAAGAAAUUGAUAUAUUCUAGUACGUGUGCAACAUAUGGGGAGCCUGAAAAGAUGCCGAUAACAGAAGAAACGGAACAGAAACCAAUUAAUCCAUAUGGAAAGGCCAAGAAGAUGGCAGAAGACAUUAUCCUUGAUUUUUCUAAAAAUUCUAGGAUGGCAGUAAUGAUUCUGAGAUACUUUAAUGUAAUUGGAUCAGACCCUGAAGGUAGAUUAGGUGAGGCUCCAAGACCUGAACUUCGAGAACACGGUCGAAUUUCUGGUGCCUGCUUUGAUGCAGCUCGUGGUAUUACAUCUGGCUUAAAGGUUAGAGGAACUGACUACAAGACACAUGAUGGAACAUGCAUACGAGACUACAUUGAUGUAACUGACUUGGUUGAUGCUCACGUGAAGGCUCUUGAAAAGGCACAGCCUGGUAAAGUAGGGAUCUAUAAUGUCGGCACUGGAAAGGGUAGAUCAGUGAAGGAGUUUGUGAAUGCUUGUAAGAAAGCCACAGGGGUGGACAUAAAAGUGGACUUCCUUCCUCGUAGACCUGGUGAUUAUGCUGAGGUGUAUAGUGACCCUUCUAAAAUCAACAGGGAACUCAAUUGGACUGCACAAUACACUGACCUUGAGAAGAGUAUACAAAUUGCAUGGAAAUGGCAAAAAUCUCAUCGUAAUGGUUACGGCAUUUCAUCUGCAAUCUGAAGAUUUUUUUGUUUUUCCGUAGGGAAGUUUGGUAGUUCAUUCAUUAUACUUACAUGUAUUCAACAUAUUAUGAGUCAAUAAUAAUAAUAUAAUCCCAGCCUCUGGUUGGGGGGUAUAGCUUUUCUUCUAUCUUUA